AUGCGUCUCCAGCACUCGCAAUUGCCUGUGAACCAUCACACGGAGAUCGUGACGGCAUGUUGCUGGACGCCUGAGAACGACGCCAUCACAUGUAGCGACGACAACUCCAUCGUGCGUUGGCGAAUGGAUGGAGAAGUGGUGGGUGCAGUGACCAAAAUGGACGCCUACGUCACGUCGGUGCACUGGGUGCCGUCGGUGGGCAAGCAGAGUGCCGACACUUUCGCUGUUUCGUGCACUGAUGGCACGUUCCGCUUGAUAUCGAAGAGUGGACGUGAGGAGAAGCGAGUCCAAGCUUGUGACGCUGGAGCUGUGAUCGCUCUCAAGUGGAACUAUGACGGCACAGCUCUCGUCACUGCCGGAGAGGACGGUACGCUCAAGAUCUGGUCGCGCAGUGGAAAUCUCCGGUCGACACUAGCGACUACUGGCCGGUCAGUCUAUGGCGUGUGCUGGGGGCCUGAUAGCGACCAGCUCCUAUUCACACACGGCAACAACCUAGUGAUCAAGACUGUGCAACUUGGACGCAAAGACAUUCAGUGGAAAGCUCACGACGGCUCCAUCUUGUGUCUGGACUGGAAUCCGAUCAACAACCGCCUCAUCUCGGGCGGGGAAGACCGGAUCUUCCGCGUUUGGGACGCCUUUGGUCGUCAACUGUACCAGAGUCCAGCAGGCGAGCAUGUCGUCACCUCCGUCGCGUGGUGUCCGAACGGAAGCUGCUUCGCUGUGGGUUCGUACAACAUGUUGAGGCUGUGCGACCAGACGGGAUGGUCUUACUGUCGUCAACGUCCUCAAAGCGGCUCGUUAAUGGACUUGGCUUGGGCCUCCGACUCCACGCAACUCGUAGCUGCAGGUGGUAAUGGUGCCACUGUGUUCGCACAGGUUGUGGGGCGUAUGCUGCCCUGGAAGAAGGUCGAAGUGACGCUUGUGGACCCUCGUAAGAUCCACGUCCACGACGUGGUGAACGAGACGCUCGAGGAACUGGACUUUGCCCGUGAUCGAGUCGUGGAGAUGUCCUUCGCACACGGAUUCCUCGUGGUCUGUACGGCAACCCAAUGCUUCAUCUACGACGCGCAGAGCUGGAACACGCCCCACAUCUUUGAUCUGCGUGCAGCUGUGAAUCUGCUAGUUCAGAGCGAGAGUCACUUCCUGACAGUAGACAACUUCAACGGCAUUCAAGUGUACUCGUACGAAGGCAAGGCCGUCAGCAACCCCAAAUUCUCCGGUCUCCACGUCGAGUUCCUUAGCAGCCGCACUAUUUCGCUCAGCAGCGACACUCUUGCCAUUCUGGACCAUUCAGAUCGUAAAACAAUCCGGUGCUUCGACUUGAACACUGGUAAGCAGCUUCCUGUGGCGAUCACGCACUCACUGGAGAUCCUCGAACUAUCGCUCAGUCGCUUCGGACCCAUGGAAGAUCGUAAGCUCUUGUUCAUCGACCGCAACCGUGAUAUGUAUCUGUCACGCGUGGCCAGUAAGGGCAACUUCAAACUGCACGCACAAGUGGACUCUGCUGCGUGGAAUGACGCGUCGGAGUUGCUGAUUGCCAUUGCAGACGCCAAAUUGCUCACUUGGAUGUACCCCAACAUGGUCUACGUGGAUCGAACGUUGCUGCCGGACGUCGUCGAGUCUCGAGACGCCGCGGAUUUCCUCAAGAUGGCGGCUAUUACGAGCUUCGUUGGCUCGAGUGUGACUGUAAGACGCGCUGACGGGACUACUCUGGCUGCUAGUGUAUCACCUUAUGCGCCAAUGUUGUUCGAGUUCACGACGUCCGCGGACUGGGACAAAGCUGUGAGACUCUGUCGCUUUGUGAAGAGCAAAAGCCUCUGGACCUGUCUAGCUGGUAUGGCACUCCACCGACGUCACUUGGAGACAGCGGAGAUCGCUCUAGCGUCCAUCGACUGCGUGGAUAAACUCUACUUCGUGCUGUAUGUGAAAAACUUGGCCUCAGAUGAGCGUCGCAACGCUGAAUUGGCUCUAUACUCUGGCAACGUGGACGAAGCCGAAGCCAUCUUGCUGCAGGCACAUCCGACUCCUCUGGUGUACCGAGCUAUCAAGCUGAACCUGAGACUAUUCCGUUGGGACCGAGCGCUGGACCUAGCUAUCAAACACACAACAGACGCUACGACACACGUGGACACCGUGUUAGCUUACCGUGAACGAUUCCUAGCGGCGAACAAACUCCAAGAGACCGACAAGAAGUUCCUGCAGUACUCAAAACAAGUGGCUAUCGACUGGGAGACCAUCUCCAAAAAGAAAGAGCUCGAGCGGGAAAAGGAACAGCAAAGCAGUGGCGGCAGUCGCCGCAAGUAG